AUGAAUAAGAGUAGUUCGGUCACUUUUUCCCAGUUUACACAAGAGCAGAUCAAGAAAAUGCAGGAAGCAUUCCAACUAAUAGAUGACGAUGGAGAUGGAAUGAUAUCAGAAUCAAAUCUUGCAAAGAUGUUGAGAGGAUUGGGUAAACCAGAUAAUAAAGAAGAUGUGGAACAAAUGUUAAGCUUAGCUCCUGACGAAACUUUAACAUUUCCAGCGUAUCUGUCGUUAAUGAGCGAAUGUAUGGGUGAAAUGCCAGACCCAACCGAGAUCAGAGAAGCACUUAAGGCAUUCUCAGAUAAUGAAGAGCUCUUGUGUGACUCUGCUGAGCUUGAACAAUGUCUAAAGGACGUCGGAUUGGAAGACCCUGCGAAACUGGAUCGUGUAUUGGCACACUUUUCUGCGAAACAAGUAUCUGGCCGAAGAGUAUUUAAGGGAGAAAAGUUCGUUCAAUCUAUCAGUGAAUGA